CAAAAUUUACAGAUUAGUGUGGCAUCUAUCGAAUGAAUUUUUUAUUUCUCCAAUAAAAUUAAUAAACAAGUUGAAAAAACAGCUGUAUUGAUUUGCAUGCAUUUAUAUUGUCAAUGCAAUAAUAAUAUGUUAUCCAAUAUUGAUGAAACAUUUUUAAAUGAUGAAUAUAAUUCAUCUAUAGAAUUCAAUUCAUCUACAUUAAAUAAUCUAUCGCAAUAUUCAUUUCAAUCAUCAAUUCCUACACAUUUUAAUAUGAACAAUUCAGAUGAUUGGAUUGUUGCUUGUUAAAUUAUAAAAACUUCUGUUAUACAAAUUGAACGUAUUAAUAAUAAUGAAUUAUUAAAUUUAACAAAUAAUAAUAGUAAAAAAAUUUCAUUUAAUGAUAGUCCACGUGUACGUGGACCUAAAUCAACUCGUUUUACAUGUCCUAUAUGUGGUUUAAUAACUGUAUCAAUGGAACGUUUACAAAAACAUGUUAAUCAACAUGGACAAAAACUUCAUUUAGAAACUUAUCGACCUGAAAGAAAAUUAUCAUCAUUAAUAUGUGAAAAAUGUAAAGCAACAUUUUCAUCAACAUAUGCAUUAAGAAAACAUCAACGUGUACAUACACGAGGUUUGUUUUAUUUUUCUUGAAUAAACAAAAAAAAAGCCUUUUUUCAUUUCAAUAGAUAAGCCUUACUCAU